CUUAUCUUACAUGUACUUCUCACUCAGGUGCUUCCCCUGAUAGUCUACGACUGGCUCUCAUAGGACCUUUGAUUCCACUACCUUGAGUGAUUCUGGAGAUCGGUCUCACAUACUUCGUUGACAAGAUCUGCGUGCUUCUCAAUUUCAUCUGUUAUCUGACUUCAUCCUGAGGCUUGUCAAUUCUUGAAUAUUCGAUGAUGAGAAGGACAAAAACUGCUCCCUACUGGGGAUUGCAGGCUGAACCUCUGAAUUUAGCAAUUGCCACUUUAGCUGGCAUAGGUUUCCUAUUGUUUGGAUAUGAUCAAGGUGUGAUGGGUGGUCUUUUGACCCUUCCAACAUUUGUGGCAACUUUUCCGGAGAUCGACACAACCUCUUCCUUCUUGACAUCUGAUGAAAAAAAACGAAACUCUAAAGUUCAAGGUGUCUCCGUAGCGAUAUAUGAGAUAGGAUGUAUGUUUGGAGCCUUGUCCUGUUUAUAUAUCGGAGACUGGCUUGGACGAAGGAGGGUGAUUUUUUGGGGUGCAUUGAUCAUGGUUGUUGGUGCCUGCCUUCAAAGUACUGCUUUUAGUCUGGCUCACUUUAUCGUUGGUCGGAUCGUAACGGGGUGUGGAAAUGGGCUCAUCACAGCGACUGUCCCCACCUGGCAAUCUGAAUGCUCCAAACCGCAUAAGCGAGGAAAAUUGGUGAUGAUUGAAGGCGCUCUCAUCACAGGUGGAAUUUGCCUGAGUUAUUGGAUAGAUUUCGGGUUUUACUUUGCCCGGAACACUACGAUGGCUUGGAGGUUGCCAAUCGCUCUACAGAUCAUAUUUGGACUCAUCAUAAUGUCGACUGUUCUAAACCUCCCAGAAUCACCACGUUGGUUGAUAAAGAAAGGUAGAAUACAAGAAGCAGAAAAGGUCUUUGCAGCUUUAAAUGGUACAAGCUCAGAUUCUGCUAUCGUUCAACGCGAAGUGAAGGAAAUAGAACAUUCACUCGCUUUGACUGGACAAUCAGGCCUCAAAGACUUGUUCAAGAUGGGACCUGCUCGAAAUUUUCACCGAGCGAUUCUCGGAUUUGUUAUCCAAUGCUUCCAACAGAUCAGUGGUAUCAAUUUGAUCAGCUUUUAUGCUGCUACAAUUUACGAGAAUUAUCUCGGAUUAAGCCCUACACUCUCGCGCAUCUUAGCAGCCUGCAAUGGCACAGAGUACUUCCUCGCCUCAUGGAUACCAGUGUAUACCGUUGAGACUUUCGGUCGUCGGAAGUUGAUGCUCUUUGGCGCUGUUGGUAUGUGCCUCAGUAUGACCAUCCUGACCGUGACAUCUUGGGCAGCAGAUCCGAUAGUAGGUCGUGAUUCGAAAUCGGCCGCAAUAGUUGCUGCGGUUUUCCUUUUUAUCUUUAAUACGUUUUUUGCAAUCGGUUGGCUAGGGAUGACUUGGCUGUACCCGGCGGAAAUCGCGUGUUUGAGUACCAGGGCUGCAUCUAAUGGAAUCAGCACUGCUUCAAAUUGGAUAUUCAAUUUCAUCAUUGUACUAAUCACUCCAAUCGCCUUUGAGAGCAUUGGAUAUAAGACUUAUAUCAUUUUUGCAGUGACAAAUUUUUUAAUGAUUCCAAGUGUUUAUUACUUUUUUCCUGAAACUGCCCAUAGAUCAUUAGAAGAGAUAGAUGACAUCUUUAGUAAAUCAGGUUGGUUUAGUGUUGUUAAGAAUUCAUUUCCUUCAAUCACUCCACUUAGAUUUAAACCUGAAGAAUCUAAUGAGUUAGUAUCAAAUGAUAAAGAAGAUGAAAAGAUUUCUUUGGGAAGAUUGUCUUGA